AUGGCUUAUGAUCAAGAUAAUACUAAAGCAUGUUUAAAAUGUGGAUCCAAAUGUCCUGGUUUCAUGAAACAUUCAUGGAGAAUGUUAUGUACACAAUGUCAUUGUGCAUAUUAUGAACAUGAUAUUGAUGAUUUUACUAAUCAAUCAAUAUUAGAUCAAUUAGAUUUAAAUCAAUCAUCAUUCUAUGAUGAAUAUAUGGAUGCACAAAAUUUGGCUAAACAAUUUGGAUUACAUUGGUUACCUAUUGGUGUUAAACCAGUAGAGGUGAACUCAUUUUUGAAUAGUCUACCAAAGGAUGAAUUACCACAUGGUGAAGUUGCUGAUCAUAUUAGACGUCAACGUCUUAGAAAACAAAUACCAUUACAAGAUCGUAAACCAAAUGUAACAAUUGAAGAAUUAUGGCAUCAUUCAAAAGAUUCAAAUCCUAACUUAGAAAAUGAAUUAAUUGAAGCGAACCGUUUUAAAAAUUUUCGUAAUUUUCAUGAUUUUGGUAUUGGAUUAGUAGAACAUAUGAAUGACAAAGAUGGACAGACAUGUACAAAUUGUUCGAAUAUAAUCCAUUUUGAUGAUUUCUGUAUACGAAUUAAACCAGAACAUUCUUUAAUAGAAGAAAUGUCUAACAUGCCCUCAAAUCAUACACCAGCUUGGCAUUUGAAUUGUUUUCGAUGUACAACAUGUCAUGAAUAUUUAGUUGAUUAUAUAUAUGCUUGGUUAAAUAACCGACCUUAUUGUUUACGACAUUAUGCUCAAUCAGUACGUCCACGUUGUGUGACAUGUGAUCAUCUUAUUUUCUCAGAAGAAUAUACUAGAGCUAUGGAUCAAGAACAUCAUUCUGGUCAUUUUGCUUGUCAUAGUUGUGAUGCAUCAUUAACAGGACAACGUUAUAUAUUACGUGAUGAUGAACCACAUUGUUUAGCUUGUUAUGAAGCUAAAUUUGCUAAUACAUGUGAACAAUGUAAAGAAAAAAUUGGUUGUGAUUCAAAGGAUCUUUCAUUUAAAGAAAGACAUUGGCAUGAGAAAUGUUUCAAAUGUUCUGCUUGUACUACUUCAUUAGCUGAUCGACCAUUUGCUACAAAAGAAGAACAAUUAUAUUGUUCUGAUUGUUAUGAUGAACGUUUUGCUGCACGAUGUGAUGGUUGUCAAGGUGUAUUCAAAGCUGGAAUGCGUAAAUAUGAAUAUCGUGGACAACAAUGGCAUGAAGAAUGCUUUUUAUGCGUUGAAUGUAAACAACCAAUUGGUGCGAAAAGUUUUAUUCCACGAGAAAAUCAAGUUGUAUGUGUCCCAUGUUAUGAAGCGAAAUAUGCUCAACGUUGUACUAAAUGUUCAGAAGUUAUACGUCGUGGUGGAGUUACAUAUAAAGGGAAUCCAUGGCAUAAAGAAUGUUUCACUUGUACUAGUUGUUCUAAACAAUUAGCAGGAUUAAAAUUCACUUCUAAAGAUGAACAACCAUAUUGUGCUGAUUGUUAUGGUGAAUUAUUUGCUAAAAAAUGUACAAAAUGUACCAAACCAAUUACUGGAUUUGGUGGUUGUAAAUUUAUUUCAUUUGAAGAUCGUCAUUGGCAUUCAGAAUGUUUUCUAUGUGGAAAAUGUAAUUGUAAUUUAGUCGGUAGAGGUUUUCUUACCAGUGAUGAUAUGAUUAUGUGUUCUGAAUGUGGUCGUUAACUUCAACACACACUUCAAAGAAGAAGAAGAAUGAUAAUAAAAGAAAAAAGAAACAAAUAAGCAGCAGUUAUACAUACAUCUAGUCAAAAGUGCGUGAUUCAUUCAUUCGUUCGUUCGUUCUUUCUUUCUUUAUUCCGCUUUAUGAUAUCAGUUUGUUUUGUGUUUUGUUCCAUAUGUUUGUUGAUUAAAAUAGUCAAAUCUUCUUAGCUAAUUCAUUCUAAUAUGUUCACAAUGCAUUUAUUAUAUACAUAUAGACAUAAGAUUUGUUUGUUUUUUUGAACCCAUGACUUCAAAUGAUCCAUUAACAUAGAAUGAUAGACAGAACUGUUGAUCACUGUUGAUCAUAAAGAAAUGAAUUCAUUAUGGAAUAUAUUCUAUUCUAGUCUUUAUUCAUCCUCAAUCCUUCAAAUAUAUUGAUUUAUUUUUUUGUACUGUUUUUUUGUUUGUUUGUUUGUUGAUGAUGAUGUUCACAAAUUGUCUUCCUUGUUCACAUCUAUUCAUUCAAUUGAAAGCAUAUAUAUACAUCAUUAUUAACGUAUAAACUAAUGAUCUUUUACAUUUAAUAGUAAUUUAACUUUUGUAGUUUACAGUUCUAUAGUUUUCUUUUAUAUAUUUUAUGAUUUGUCUCUGUGUGUGUGUAUGUGUGUACGUGCAUGGCAUAAGUGUUUAGAUUUUCUCUUUAGAACUGCUUCAUCACUUAUUUACUCGUAGGUAUAUUCCUACUGUUGUUAUACAUCAAGAGAUUUGGGAGCUGGGUGGGGGGGGGUUGAGCUUUCUUGAAAAUGUAUGGAAUGUUGAGUUACCAAGUUGUCCUUUUUCCCUCUCUCUCUCUCUCGCUACUUCCUCUUUUCCACAUGACGUAUAUCAUCUAAAAAGAAAUUCAAUCCCUGUAAUUGAAACUUACUUCUGUUCAUGUGUAUGAGAUUUGACAACAACUAUUCACGUCAUUAGACAUUAUCAAACGAUUCAUGGUCUAUUAUUCUAGAGUUAUACAUUCAUUACUUUUAUUUAUUGUAAACAUAACAACAAUUCUAGGUAUUUUAAGAAUAUUAUUCAUUUCAACCAGUUUAACAUGUGUGCUCUCAUUUCCGAUUUCACACACAGAUCAUCUUUCUCAUUUUGAAACUCAUUUCCAUGGUGUGUUUUUCUUUCUUUCUUUUUUGAUUUGCAUGUAAAAUUUGUUUUUAUUAGAUAAUGCAGCGAUUACAUCUUCAGUACUUACAUUAUUAAGUAUUGGAAUUCAUGCAUAGAACAUAUGAAUUGUGUGUGUGUGUGUGUGUUCCAAUAUAUUCAUCAUUAAUUUAUCUUUUGAACUACCUUAAUUAUUUGUCUUGUUU